UCCAAAGUUUUCAUGUCUAGAGAUGAGGCAGUGGACAAAAGCUCCUGAUUCCUGCACCACCAUUCCUAUGGCAUCCUAUUGGCUAUAGCUUGCCCCGCCAGUAGCAUUUGGCGGCCAUGGCUACUCCACUCUCACUCACCGCUCCUUCCAUUUCCCUUAUCCAGAGACCAACCGUUUCCUGUACAAUUGGUUUCGCCAUUAGCGCCAUUAGGCUUCCGCUCCGGCGCGGCAAAUGUAAGCAAAGGCAAAUUGCAGUUUCCUCGGCCCCUAAUACGUUCCUUUCGGUUUCUGUAUCGAGCUUACAGCCAAACGAGGAGCGCCAUCAGCUCGUUUCCCAGCCUUCAGAGGAAGAUUUCGUAGUUGUCAAUUUCUAUCAUUUUGUGUUCAUCGAGGACCCGGAAGCUGAGGUCGCUAACCACCUCUCCUUCAUGAGGGACUUGGAUAUUCAUGGCCGAGUCUAUCUGAAUGAACAAGGAAUUAACGCACAGUACAGUGGGCCAUUAAAAGAUGCUCUUGCUUAUGCUAACUGGUUAAGAGAAGAUCCCAGAUUUUCGGAUAUCCUAAUACAAGUUUCUCCAUCAAUAAAUGGCCAUGCCUUUCCAAAGUUGAAGUUGCGUUAUAAGCCUUCACUUGUACAAUUGGAAGAAGAUUUUUCACAUCUUCCUUUACUUGACCCAUCAAAGCGGGCAACUCCUUUAACUCCAUCUGAAUGGAGAGAAAGGUUGGAAACAAUGAAUAGGAACGAGGAUACAAAUUAUAUUCUAUUGGAUAUUCGAAAUGGAUAUGAGUGGGACAUCGGUCAUUUCGAAGGUGCUCAGCGGCCAACUGUGGACAGUUUUAGGUUCACAUCAUUUGGUUUAUCACAAACUAAGGAUGCUGCUUCUGAUCCUUUGGCAAAUGUUGACAAAGAGAAGACAGAGGUAUUGAUGUAUUGCACUGGUGGUAUCCGUUGUGACGUAUAUUCGACAAUUCUAAGGGAAAGAGGGUUCCAAAACCUUUACACCUUAAAAGGAGGAGUUUCUCAUUAUUUGAAAAAUGAAGGUAGCGAGCAAUGGGUCGGAAAUUUAUUCGUGUUUGACUCGAGACUCUCACUGCUUCCAUCGGCCUACAACCCCAAAGUGGAAUCAUCCAGAACCACUCAACAUUCUGGGAAUAAUGCUUUUGCCAGAUGCUAUAUAUGUACUUCUCAGGUCUCUCAAUUGAGGCAUCGUAAUUGCGCGAAUCUUGACUGCAAUCUGCUAUUUCUAUGCUGUAAAGACUGUGUGAAGGAGUUGAGAGGAUGCUGCUGUUCAGAAUGCACAACUUCUCCUCGUCUUAGACCUGUUUUAGCAGAGCUUCAAAGGUAUCAGAAAUGGCACGUCUACCGCGAUUUUCGACAAGAACAACCAAGUUAAGUUCUGUAUCAAAAGCUGCCUCUUAUUAUUCUGCUAUUGUAAUCUAUUCAAUAUCUCCUCCUUUGGAACUUUUUUUUUCUUUGUUAUAGAAAGAUGGGAUUCAGAAAAUCCAUUUGUUUGUUUUCAUGAGCGUAGAUGGGUCUCCAAUGGACAAAAAGUCAGAAACUUUGUAGGAUGAGAAUGAGUUACAAAUAUUCAUUUCUAAAUUAGAUAUAAAAAAAUAAUAAAA